AUGAGUCAAAAAACGGUCCUCAUAACGGGCUGCACACCCGGAGGCAUUGGCCACGAACUGUGCGAGGCGUUCCGUGCUCGAGGCCUGCAUGUCGUCGCGACGGCCCGCAACCCUUCGGUCCUGGCAGAACUGGCCGACAAACCCGGAUUCACGUGCCUGCCGCUCGACGUCACCAGCCAAGGAAGCAUAGAUGAGUGCAGGGACGAGGUGGCCAGGCUGACCGGAGGCAAGCUCGACAUGCUCGUCAACAAUGCUGGCAGGACGCACACGGUGCCGGCGACGGACCUCGACAUGGACGACGUCCGGUCCACGUUCGAGGCCAAUGUCUUCGGGGUCAUGGCCAUGGUCAAGGCCUUUGCCCGCCUGCUCAUCCCGGCCAAGGGCCUCGUCAUCAACCUGUCCUCGGUCUCCUCCAUCGCGCCGUACCCCUUCGGCUCCGCCUACUGCGCAACCAAGGGCGCCGUCAACAGCUACUCGCGCACCCUGCGCCAGGAGCUGCGGCCCUUCGGCGUCAGGGUCAUGGUCGCCCUGCCCGGCACCGUCAACACCAACAUCACCGCCCAGGCCGACCGGCAGCUGCCGCCCGACAGCCUGUACACGCCCAUCGAGGACGUCUACAAGUGGCGCCUGACCUUCAGCAAGCGGAACCCGGGCUCCAUCCCGCCCGCCAGCUAUGCGAGAAAGCUGGCGGCAGACGCGCUCAAGCCCGAGGCGCCCGUGGUCCUCCGCGGCCUGCUCGGCAACCUCGGGCUCUGCAGGCCGGACUGGCACUACUACGGCGGAAUGGCCAGGACGUCGUGGUGGGGCUCGUGCAUCGGGGAGUGGCUGAUGGAUACCAUAGUCUACCGCAUGUUCAAGCUGCCAUUGCUCGAGGUGUUGUUGAAGCGGCAGGAGGCUGGGGCCAAGAAGCUGAAGUAG